CUUUCCACCUUUCCUUCUGAUUUGUUUUCCAAUCUAAACAAAUCAAAAACCCACUCGACCAACUACACACACUCUUAUUUUUUACUUGUCUCUUCCUUUCGACUAUGCCUAUGAAUCACACUGCUUAGGUUUCUCUCUCUCUUCCAUCAACACUAAAAUCAAGGUCUCUUUUUGAGUAAGGAGGUUGAUUUGAAGAUGGUUGGGAGCCCUGCAAUCCAUGUCUCAUCAUUGCCAACUUCUGUUUCUUCAUGUAUGAUGAUAUCUCUACCAAGCAACUCAUUGAAGUUCAUGCCGCUUUCUUUUCGAAAUCGGAAGAAAAUCAACAAGAUUAGAGCUACAUCUGCUGAUGGAAGUAAUGUCAAACAGUCGUAUAAUUCAGAAGCAAAGAAUCCACUUGCGGCUGUGUUUGACAUUCCUCGACGUAUUUGGAAGCAAACGUUGGGUCCAUUAAGUGAUUUCGGGUUCGGGCGCAAGAGCGUUUGGGAAGGUGGUGUUGGACUGUUUUUGGUAUCGGGUACGAUACUAUUUGUGCUUAGUAUGGCUUGGUUAAGGGCGUUUCAAAUAAAUUCCAAAUUCAGGAAGUACACGGCAGUUUUCGAGUUUGCUCAGGCUUCUGGUAUAAGCACUGGUACGCCUGUGAGAAUCAGAGGGGUCACUGUUGGCAAUGUCACUCGCGUGAAUCCUUCCUUGAGAUGUAUUGAGGCGGUUGUUGAGAUAGAAGACGAUAAAACAAUUAUUCCAAGGAACUCGUUUGUUGAGGUUAACCAGUCAGGUCUUCUGAUGGAAACUAAAAUUGACAUCAAUCCUCGUGAUCCAAUUCCAACACCUUUGGUUGGUCCUCUUCACGAAGAAUGUGCUAAAGAAGGUCUCAUUGUGUGUGAUAGAGAAAAGAUCAAGGGUCACCAAGGAGUAAGUUUGGACGAAUUGGUGGGAAUAUACACCCGUCUGGGACGAGAUGUUGAGGGAAUCGGUGUCGUCAACAGUUACGCGUUGGCUGAACGUGUUUUUGCUGUUAUGGAAGAAGCAAGACCACUUCUUACACAGAUGAAAGCCAUGGCUCUAGAUGUUCAACCAUUGUUGGCUGAAAUCCGUGAUAGCGGCCUGUUGAAGGAAGUUGAAAGUUUGACCCAAAGCCUUACCGAAGCUUCUAAUGAUUUGAGAAGGGUGCAUUCAUCUAUUAUGACCCCUGAGAACACUGAACUGAUCCAGAAGUCCGUACACACGCUUAUAUUCACCUUGAAGAAUAUUGAGAAUAUUACCUCUGAUAUGCUAGGUUUUACCGGCGAUGAAAGUACCAAAAAGAGUUUGAAAAUACUUAUCAAGAAUCUCAGCAGGUUAUUGUAAAGUCAAAUUCAAAAGUGAUGUAGCUAUAACAGGUGUUUCAGUGACGGGAGAAUUUGACUUUUUUGGCUUCUGCUUAAGUUUUUGGCUCCAUCCAUGUAGAACACUUCUUACUGCAAGAGUUUGAGAAGAAUGAAGUCACAGUCUAAAGCCUUUUAGAGUUUCUAAGUGUUUCACUUGGUGAUAUUUUGAGUUGAUCGAAAUCGCCAUUGUAGCAAUGUAUUAGAUGACGACCAUGAUCAGUUUAAUUCCCAUAGAACAGUUCAGUUUGAUGUCAUAGAAAGUUUUCAAUACUUUUUUUAGGCAAAUUUUCAA